AUGUCUGAUUUUUUGCCUGAAGAGUUGAUACAAGAGAUCCUCUACAAACUCCCCAUAAAAUCCCUGGUGCAAUGCACAAGCUUGUGCAAGUCCUGGAACUCCCUCAUAAAGAGCCGCAACUUUAUUUCCAAGCAUCUCCAGCGUACCAUUUCAUCAACUGAUCAUCAAUCUCUUUUCCUACUUCGACUCUGUUCAAAGCAGAGAGAAGAGCAGUACUCUCUCCGUUUUGAUGAUCAAGAUUUCAAUGAGCACAUGCAACUUCAUUUCCCAUUCAAGAGCUAUGAAUCAUAUUUUCGUAUCAUUGGUUCUUGCAACGGCCUGAUUUGCCUAGCAAAUAUUUUCGAAAGGAUUACAAUAUCCUUCAUUCUUUGGAACCCAUUGUUACAAAAAUAUGUGAAUGUCAAACCUAGAAUCUUGGGUCCUGUAUACUCCUUUAUUGGUUUCGGCUAUGAUUCCCGUGCUAAUGACUACAAGUUGGUUAGGAUAGUCAAUUUUCAAAAGUCAAAGUUUCUCAGCAAGAAUGCUCCAGAAAUGGAGCUUUACUCUCUUAAUGAGGGUUCAUGGAGGAGUAUUACACAGAGAACACCAUUGAGGUAUGACACUGAUCAACGCUUUUCACAGGCUUUUCUGAAUGGAGUUGUUCAUUGGAUUGCUCUUCGGGCAGACCAACACGAAGGGUCUUCUAAUGUGGUUUUGGGGUUUGAUAUGAGGGAUGAGAUUUUUCUUGAGAUUGCGUUGCCUGAUAGUUUGGCUAAUGUGACACCCUCAUGUUUGUCCCUUUUGGUAUAUAAAGAAUCAUCCAUUUCUGUAUGUCAGGCUAGCUUCCAGUCUUCUGUUCAGUUCCAUAUAUGGGUGAUGAAGGAGUAUGGUGUGGUGGACUCAUGGACCAAAUUGAUGUUGACUAUUGGUGCACAAGGGGAAGGUAUUCCCAGAGCGUUGGGAAUUAGGAAGGAUGACUUUUUAAUGGAAAUGAAGCGUGGCUGGAUAGUUUCAGGUGACCUGGAAAGCCAGCAAGUUAGGGAUCUUAGAAUUUGGGGAGAACCAUCCCAUACCUUCAUUGGUGUCUAUUUGGAGAGCCUAGUGUUACUUGACAAAAGUAAUGCAACAAGUUAUGGAAUAAAUUCAAAUGGUUUGAUUGCAUAA